CGGCGUCGAUCGCGCGCAGCCUCUGGGAGACUCUAGAAGCGGGGCGAAAGGUUCCGGGUGCUUUGGACUCCCCGAGGUGCGAGACGUUCCGGAUUCCGGAUUGCGAUUGACAAUAACACAUUCGUCCCGGUCAGCAUUCACGCUGGCGAUUUGGACGGCUUCUACUGCCUCGAGGACGGUCCUAUUUCAGUACAGAGACGCGCAGACCAUUGAAGGGAAGCAGUCUUUCCCCUCUCACUCCACGGCGUGCCCCGCAUAUGCCUUUACGGAAGAGCCCGUCCAACCCCGCGCUCAACACAGUCGACGAGGAGGGACCGUCGGGACCCUUGAGCGGCCCCGCCACCAUCGAGUGGCGUCGACAGCGACUACUGCAAAUUGGCAGCAGUUCGGGCGCAGCGAGUGGUUCCGAGCAUGUCGCUAACGAGACGUCUUCUCUCCGUCCGACCCUAGAGGCUCGCGCUGCCUCUUACGGAACGUUGCCGUCGACUGCACGCGCUAACGCGUCAAAGUCCACUUUCCGCUCCCGCCACGCCCUGCGCGCGCUCCCGAAUCUCUUCAUACCCAAGGGUCGGCACACGAGUCCGCCCACACCUGGCAGUCAGACUCCACGUUCGAUAUCGUUCCGCAAUAGCACCUAUUUUGCGUCCCAGCGUCCCAUCUCCGCCUACGACAAGCCUGUGAUCGGCCAGGAGGAAACGGAGCGGGAGGGCGCCGUGAACACGAAUGGCAUCCGCGUGUGGUACUCCUCGUUCACCUCCAUCGACUGGUUGCACGACGCGAUCAAGGACUCGGCGCGCCAGUCGGCCCUGAGGAGACGCAAGUCGAAGCGCGGGAUACUUCGGAGGCAGUUUGACAGGAGCAUUGGCUGGGUAGCGGUCACCAUAAUCGGCUUCUUAACCGCGAUCAUCGCGUUCCUCAUCGUUCGCAGCGAGCAGUGGCUUUUCGACAUCAAGGAGGGCUAUUGUACGACGAGCAUUUGGAAGGCGAAGCGGUUCUGCUGUCCUGUUCAGGACGAUGACACGCUCUUGAAACGCGCUCUGCCGUCAUUCGUGACCCUGACUGCCGCUCAGGACUGUCCUGCAUGGCGGCCAUGGGGAGAGUACUUCGCUCCGGUGGCGUCUAGCGCGGACUGGCUAGAAGUGGAAGCGAUCGAAUACACAGCGUACACCGUCAUAGCAAUCUCCCUCGCGGUGAUCUCUUCGCUUUUGACAAUCUAUCUCACCGCGUCGACAUCCUUCGUCACGAGGAAGGACUCCGGCGUCCUCUCGUCGACUUUCGCGGCUGGCGAUGACGCCAAGAGCUCGACGAACCCCCCUGCACCCGCUCGCAAAGUUCUAUUCUAUGCUGCCGGUAGCGGUAUCCCUGAGAUCAAAACAAUCCUAUCUGGUUUCGUCAUCCAUGGAUAUCUCGGCGGACGUACGCUGUUCACUAAGGCGGUCGGACUGGCACUAUCUGUCGCCUCUGGACUGUCCCUCGGUAAGGAGGGGCCCUUUGUUCACAUUGCCUCUUGCGUCGGCAACAUCGUAAGCAGGUUCUUUAGCAAGUAUGAGACGAACGAAGGGAAGCGUCGCGGAAUCCUCAGUGCAGCAUGCGCAGCUGGGGUGGCCGUUGCGUUCGGUGCGCCCAUCGGCGGCGUCUUGUUCAGUCUCGAAGAAGUGUCGUACUUCUUCCCUGCGAAGGUCAUGUGGCGGAGCUUCUUCUGUGCGAUGGUUGCGGCCGUGACACUCCGGUUCCUGGAUCCAUUUGGGAGCGGCAAGCUGGUCCUGUUCCAGGUUACGUACGACAAGGAUUGGCAUGCAUACGAGCUCUUCCCUUUCCUUCUUCUGGGGGUCUUCGGAGGUGUGUAUGGCGCAUAUUUCUCCAAGCUCAACUACCGCUGGAGCCGCCACGUCCGCAACGGGACAUGGCUCGGCAAGCACCCCGUCAUCGAAGUCAUCCUGGUCACUCUCGUUACGGCACUGCUGAGCUUCCUGAACCCGUACACCCGCAUGGGCGGGACCGAGCUCGUCUACAACCUUUUCGCCGAGUGCCGCGACGGCAGCGCCAACACGCACUCUGGCCUUUGCGUGCUCAACCCUCCGACGCAAGCUGUGUCCGUGAUCUACGCGAUCUUCGUCGCAUUGAUCGUGAAGGGCGUCCUCACGAUCGUGACGUUCGGCAUCAAGGUCCCCGCGGGGAUCUUCAUCCCGACGCUUGGCGUUGGUGCAUGUGCGGGACGCAUCCUGGGCAUCCUCGUGCAGUGGAUGCAAUUCUCGUACCCGGACAGCGCUGCGUUCGCGGUUUGCAAGGGUGACCUCAACUGUGUGAUUCCCGGGCUGUAUGCCAUGGUCGGCGCUGCUGCGACUCUUUCCGGAGUCACGCGCACUACCGUCUCUCUGGCGGUCAUCAUGUUCGAGCUCACGGACACGCUGACGUACGCUGUGCCGGUCAUGCUUGCGGUUUUGGUGGCGAAGACGGUGGCAGACGCUCUGGAACCUAAAGGCAUCUACGACCUCGUCAUUAACCUUUCCCAGUUGCCAUACCUCGACGCCAAGCACGAGUACAUCUGGGGUCCCUAUCAAAUGAGCGAUGUGACCGACCGCGAUGUCGAGGCGAUCCGCCUCGACCAGCCGAACACGGUCAAGUCACUCAGAGACCAGCUCCAGAAGCUCGUCGACAGCGGCAACUCGGACAGCGGCCUCCCGAUCCUCAAGGCGGACGACGACGGGCUGCGCAUGGUCGGCUACAUCGGCGCGAACGAGCUCGAGCACGCGCUGAGCAUCGUCGCGGACGACCCGGACGAGGUCAUCUCGUUCCACGCCGCGGGCCCGCACGGCCACUUCCCGAUGGCGUCCUCCGUGUCGUCGCUCGCGGAGACGGGCUCGAACGCGCUCGGGCUGGACCCGUACGACUUCAGCUGCUACAUGGACCAGGCGCCGUUGACGGUCCAGGACAACUCGCCGCUCGAGCUCGUGCAGCAGUUCUUCACGAAGCUUGGGGCGAGGUAUGUUGUUGUCACCGACUCUGAUGGCCAUUACCAAGGAGUGAUCGAUAAGAAGACCUGGCUAGCGUUCCUCGACGAGCUGGAGCAUAAAUCCGGGUGAAAGACUGCGGUAUAGUCACAUAACCGCAGUAUCUCCAUCAUAUAGCCCCCACUCUGUUUCUUGAAUAUCUUUCAUCUGCUCAAGUAAGGACACUGGAAUAGCAUCUACAACAAGCAUUCGUCAAUCUUCUCUCACAAUGUAUUCGCCACGAUACCCGCUCAUCGACCAAUCUAACC